AUGACCGGCGAGCACUCCUCGGGCCUCUGCUCCUACCCGCGCGCGCCGUCUGGGCUCCGAAGCCAUCGCGAGUCCAUCAUGACUCGCCGGAGCGCCGCUGCACGCCUGCGACCUGGAAGCAGCAACGCGCUCGUGGGCGUCGCCCUGGCCGCCGACUGCCUCAAGCCCUCAAGCCUGCGCGCCAACACGGCGCCCACGCCUGGCCCCGCGCGGCGCGGCCCCAGCAGGCAGCCAGGCACGCGGAAGGAGGGAGGGAAGGAAGCGGGGCCUCCUCCGCGGCCCACUUGGCGGCCGACAGCUGGCCCCCCGGCGACGCGUCCUGUGGCCCCGUCGUCCUACGUGGCGGGGCGGGCCCAGCUCAUAAUUCAUUUCACGCCGGUGCGGCGUUCCUUCCGCGUGUUAAAAAGCCGGACGCCUCGCCUCGCCUCGCCGAUCACGCGAUCAACGGGACAAGGACGCGGGGGCAGCGGAUGGAAGCAGGAGGAGGCAGCGCCCGGGUGCUCGCCGUCGUCGUUGCAGCGGAGGGAGCCGAGGGGGAGGAGCAGCCGCCGAUCUGCUGCGAGGUGCGCGUUCUCUGAGCUGGUGGACAUGGAGAGGGAGGUCAUCCAAGUGGAGGAGGAGGAGGAGGUGGCGUGCGAGUGCUGCGGCUUCACGGAGGAGUGCACGGCGCCGUACAUCGCGGGGGUGCGCGAGCGGUACGGGGGCCGCUGGAUCUGCGGCCUGUGCGGGGACGCGGUCGGCGAGGAGCUCGGGCGCGCGUACCCGCCCAUCUCCCCCGCCGAGGCGCUCGACCGCCACGCCUGCGUCUGCCGCCGGGCGUCCGCGCCGCCGUCCCCCGCGGGGAGCCCCGACGACCUCAUCGCCGCGCUGCGCCUGCUCCUGCGCCGCAGGCUGGGGUCGCCGGCGCCGCUGCCGGCCCCGAGGAGGGCGCGCUCCACGCCCAGCAGCCCCGGCCGCGACCACCCGCUCCCCAUCGCCGCCUCCGUCGCCACCGCCGGGAGCUCGCUGGCAAGGACGGGGAGCUGCUUCGCCGCGCUCGUGGAAUGAUGAAAGCUAAUAAGAACGCAAGAUGCUGAGGGGAGAGAGAGAAAAAGGCAUCAAGGAAUGGUGGUACUUUGGUGGUCUCUUUGCAGCUUGCUUGCCUUCGUUUUUACCUUUCUUACUAUCGCUUUUUGCUUCUCUAGCUACUAGCAGUAAAGUUAGUGGAAUCCAAGAUCAAUAAACAUGUGUACAUAUGGGGAAGAAGAGCGACAAACUAUAUAUGAGAAAUGGAAGUAAUUCCACGUUUUUCUCAGGUACUAAUAACUGAAUGUACAUUCCUGCUUCUGCUGGAGUAUGAUUUCUGCUCUUUCUGUUUUAUUAAACGGAAUGAUUUGCA